AUGGGGACCAACAUCCUCUUACCGCUCUUCUUUCUUACUGCCAUCAGUUUAUGGAGAGUGGACUGCAACAAUGACACAUCAGAUGCUAGAAUUGAUGACAAAAACAACCGGACCUCCAUUUCAGAUGAAGUUUUAGUUUAUCUCCGCAGUCCUUGGUUGACUAAAUUUAUACCUUUGGUUCUUACGGUUGUGUUCGUCCUGUCGCUGCCUUUGAACAUAACAGCAAUCGUGAUAUUCCUGUUCAGAAUUCAAGUGAAGACACCAGCGGUGGUGUUCAUGUUGAACUUGGCUGUGGUUGAUGUCUUCUUAGUCAUCUUGCUGCCUUUUGAAAUCAUUUACCGAUUCUCAGGAAACAAUUGGGUGAUUGGAGAAGGAAUGUGCCGCUUUGUCACUGUUGCAUUUUAUUGCAAUAUGCACUGCUCCAUCUGGCUCGUGACCGGUAUCAGCGUAGACCGGUUCCUGGCUGUGGUCUAUCCCAUGCGGUCUCUCUUAUGGCGCACAGUGAGCAGAGCCUGGCAAGUUUGUCUUCUCAUCUGGAUGGUUUCCAUUGCCGGCGCUGUGCCACUUCCUAUAAGUAAACUGACCUUUCACAUUGACCAACUGAACAUCACAGUUUGCUAUGAUACGCUGGGACAUAAAGACUUUGAGGGCUUUUACUUUUAUUACUUCGCUGCUUAUAUUUCAAUCUCUUUUAUUUUGCCUUUAAUUAUUACAACUCUCUGUUACGCUGCAACCAUCCGAAGUCUGAGCUCACCAAAAAUUGAAAGCACCUUUAAAAAGUGUCGAUCCGUGUUCCUUUGCGUCACGGUACUUUUUGAAUUUAUUAUUUGCUUUGGUCCGAUCAACAUUUUCUUUUUACUUCAUUAUCUGAACAUGGAUAAGCCAUUUGGGGACACAAUGUAUUUUGCUUACAUCAUCUCUGUCACUGUUAGUAGCAUUAGCUGUUGUCUUGACCCUGUUAUCUAUUAUUUUGGGUCUUCAAAGUGUAUGAAGUACAUAUACAGCUUGGUGUGUUGUGGCAAAACCAAAGCCGACCAUAAACAGACAGAUAGCUCCUCAAAAAAACAAGUGGGGAGACGUCUGCCCCUACUCUGUAGAGCUGGGAUCUGAUGCUCUUACUUGUACAGUAUGUCUUGCCCAACAAUUAGAAUUGGGUGAACACUGGGAUCUUAACCACUUAAGAUCCGGACCAAAAUGCAGGUAAAGGACCAG